CGCUGUGGGUUUCAGAGAAUCAGCCAUGGGAAUUAGAGGUUUGCAGGGAUUUGUGGCAAGAGUUUGCCCCGAUGUAGGCAGAAUGGUGGAUCUGAGAGAAAUGGCAGAAAAACAUCGCAUCGAUCAUCCCGAUUUCCCCCCUGUUAUCGUAGUAGACGCCAUGUGUUGUGUUAGAUACUGGUAUACACCAGAAAACUGGGUAUGUGGUGGACAGUGGCGGGAAUACCUCGCCAUUCUAGAGGAUUUUAUUAAAGCUUUUAUGGCAGCUGGUAUCAAGUUGGUGUUUUACUUUGAUGGAGUGGUAGAAGAGAAAAAGAGGGAUGAAUGGAUCAAACGGAGGUUGCAGAAUAACAAGGAAAUAGCCAGAAUUUUUCAGUUUAUCAAGACUCACAGGAAACAACCAGGGAGAGAAAUGUUUGUUGUUCCUUCAGCUUUGCCUACUUUUACACGUUAUGCACUAAAGUUGCUUGGUCAAAAAACAGUAUGCACAUUGCUAGAGGCAGACUUUGAGGUGGCCACGUAUGGUUUGGAACAUAACUGCAUAGGAAUUCUCGGGCAAGAUAGUGACUACCUCAUCUAUAAUACAUGCCCUUACUUUUCCAUUGAGAAGCUCCGUUUGGACAGACUGGUCACUCUUAUGUACUCUCGAGAAGAUCUUUGCCAUGCGUUGGGUCUUAGUUUAACACACCUCCCUCUCUUUGCUUGCUUGCUUGGCAACGAUGUUAUUCCAGAAAGCUUGUUGGAAGGCUUUUGGCAUAAAUGUUUAGUCACCAGUCCCAACAAGAAUAACAGCUACAACAGAAGAGCAAACAUAAUUCUAGCUGUAGCAAAUUACAUCUCAAAACUUCCAUGCUCACACAGCAGCCUGAAACAGUUGAAAGAGAUGCUACCUUUAGGAUUAGAUGAGACAUUACUUUACAGAGGAGUGCAGUCCUAUCUUUUGCCUGGACAGCAGUCUCCAUGGAUUCCUCCCAACGUAACAAACUGCCAAAUGUUCUCCCUUCAAGAACAAACAGCUGUGUGUCAAGAGAAAGAAAUCUUUCAGUUAGCUAAAGAACAGCAUAUCCGAUCUGAAAAUUAUACAAUCUUCAAUAUCCUGAGUAGUGGAGAGAUUGAGUGCAGCAACUCCUUGGAAGAUGAAUGUGAUACAGAGAUUCCUGGACAGGCACUUAUCUACCGCCCUGCUCGUCAGCAUAUUUAUUCUGUCUUGUUGGAAUCUGGAAAAGGUGGAGCCUGUCCUGUGGUAAAAGAAUGGUUUGUCUAUUUUGGCAAUCCUCUCCAGCAGCCGGAGCUGAUACAACCUGUACAACCUUCUGUUCCAGGUGGAACACCUAAUUUGAAAACACUGUGGUUUGCCAAAGGACCUGACGUGGAAAAGCAGCGGUAUAGUACCUUUCUGGCAUGCUUUCACCUUCAGGAUGGAAUGGAAGAGCUCCAAGCUCUAGAAGCACCUGUUGCAGCGUUCUGCUGCUUGCUGGCCUAUCUUAUGAUGCAGGUCAGUAGCCUCUCUCUGGAGGACUUAAACGCAUUUGUGGCAGUCAUUCUCUGCCUCAAGGGGAAGCCAGCUGCUCAACUGGCGGGUUUGCAGCUUGCACAAGUGGACUCCAGAGCUGUACAUCUUGGUGCUGUGUUUGUUCGUGGCCUUACAACUUUGCUCUUGGCCAAUAGUACCUGUGGCUUUCCAUUCAGGAUGGAUGAUUUGAUGCCUUGGGAGAUGUUUGAUGGGAAACUUUUUCAAGAAAAAUACCAGCAGUCACACCGAGGUUGCCCUUUGGAAGAGCUUUUGGAAGGCAAUGAGUCUUUGUAUGCACCCUUCCACAACCUGAAGUCUUUCAUUUGCAAGGCCUGCAUGGCCAAGAAGAGAACAAUACAGAGCAGACCAAGAGGGAAUGGAUUUACCACAGGAACACAACAAAGAGAAUUUCAUCCCAGGUACCAACAAACACACAGAAGUUCUUUUGUUCCUCCAUAUCAUAACCAGAUGAGGGGGUCCCUGUGGAGAAAUCCUCAAUCACAAGGUAGAGAACAUAGAUUGAGACAUCCAGAAUGGAGGAGAAGAUUCCACCUUCCUCCUCGAUAAGGAACACAGAUCAUCCAGGUGACCCUACUUAAUACUGAGAGUGGAUGAAAAUGGAUAAGAGAACAAGAAACGUUUUUAUGAAAUGCUGUAAGCUGAAGAUCAUAAAAGCUUCAUCAGUAUUUCAAGAAUGGAGUGGGGAGGCUCUAAUCAGAAAUGUAUCAUGCCACAUUUUUAGUUCCAUUUUAUUUUCUAUACCUUUUUUUUUAACCUAUAGCUUAGAGAAGUAAAUUAUGGACUGUUGUGAAACAAUUAUUAUAUAAUUUAGGUUCCAGAUAGUAUUGUUUGGAGCACUAUACAAAAGCCCUGUUGACACAGGUAUGAAAAAUGAUCAUUAAAAAAUUAUGUCUGGAAACAUAGAGGGCAGUGUGAAGGGUUGAAGAAGGCUGCAAAAAUUUCAUUAAUUCAUCUGAUUCUGGUGUCAAAACUAAUAUGUCUCUUCUGUUAAACUUCUAUGCUAACUCUCUAAAAUGAAAAAAGGGUAACUGAAACAUUCCAGAGAUUUGUAAAUUAGUUUUUAGGUACAAAACUGCUACAGCUUUAAUGUCCUACUAUUUUGGGGCCAAUCAGAGUUGCAUCAAAUGCAUGGUCCUCUUCUGGAAUACCUACAAUUCUCCUCCAUAUGUAGUGAGUCGUUUACAAAACUUUUAAGGUUUAUGCUAUACCUUACAUCUGUCUUUAGCCUCAAAGUAAAGGUCUGAGUGUGAUCCUUUGGCCAGUAUAACUUUGGAGGAAAUUCUAAAUCAAGGGGAGACUAAGAGAUAUUUUGAAUGCAUUCUUUUUUCUUUUUUUUUUUUUUUUCCCCAAGUGGCAGUUGUUUGAAGCACACAGGGUAAAACUUUUUUCCUGUCGAUGUCAUUGGUGCGUCUUUUGCAGAUCUGAGCAGCACCAUGAUUUCACUGUGUACUGAUAAGGUAAUCCCCAGAAAUCUAAAUAAAUGGACAGAGUAAAGGUAGGGCAAUCGGGUGUCUCCUGAGUUAAUUUUCUCCGGUCUAUUACUCAUCACACAGACCUUAUUACUACUUUGGGGAUGUGUAUUUUUAGAAUAGUACAUAAGUACACUUGAAAUGAAAUGUCUUUAGAAGUUUUAGAAGUGAUUAGCAUGAGGAAGAAGCAUUAUUUUUGUAUUCCAAAGAGAAAAUUUAGUUCUAAUUUUGAAAUCUAUUUUCAGAAGAAGAACUAUAGCUAUUGUACAAUUUAAACUUACCUCUUAGGUACAAUGAUUACCCAUUUAAACGCCAUUGUUUUUAGCCCAUUAUUGUUCAGGUAAUGUUGUUUCUUAGGCCUUGUGCUGGUAACUUCUCUGAGUCAAGUUAUUGAGUACAAGUUAUGUCAAAGUGAAUAGUAUUGUCAGACAUACAUAACUCAAUACUGUAAUGUCCUUGUAUGUAUUUUUCUGUGUGCAAUCCAAUAAAUAUAUUCUUUCUUACUUUGCAUAUAGCUAUAGUCCAGCUAAACAGAUACAUUGGGAGCAAUAUAGGGUUCUAGUUGUUAAAAGUCUGAACAGACACAAUUUUUACACAACACUGUCUAUUUUGCAUUCUUAGGAUCCUGUCAUGAUAGCGGCAUUCCUGCCUCCUUUUUCUAUUGAUUUCACACUGACUGUAAUUGUACUACCAUUAUAUUUUUUUCCCCUAAACCUUUUGGAAUAUUGUGGUCUGAGUUUUAUGGAAAGUUCUCUAGUUUCAGGAAUCUUAUGAUGUAUAAUAGUGUAUUUGAAAAGAUUGUAAUUGUGUGCCAGAAUUUGUUGGUAAUUCUCCCUUCAGGCUUUGAUAUGACAAAAGAUUUCUCUUGGCCUCAGUAAACAAAGUUAAAUGCAGUUAGAGUGGGAGUUUUGCUGUGCUAGUUGUGGUAUGUUAUGAAUUGUUGGUAAUAAUUAUCCUGACUACUGACGAACUGUUAGUUUCUCUGUGAGGUUUUUUUUUUCCUCCUAAUGUUAGACCAUAAGCAGAAGCUGCUUAUUAUUAUUUCCAAGCCAAAAGACUAUUUUUUUUCCCACCAGGAAUCAGAGAGUGAAAGCAGAAGCAUGGAGUUGAAACAUAGAAAUGCUAUUUUGCUGUCUCACUCAACUUUAAACUGAAUACCAUAAAGCUUAGGGACUGUAGAAGUCAUGCCUGAGUGUGUAGGGAUACCGUGACGUUUGGUGGCUCUGGUGAGGCUGCUCUCUUAGAUACAUUUUGAUGACCUGGUGAGGUUGCUGCUGAAGGUUGGUCAUUCAGACUUGCUGGAGUUGCUCAGGUCAGGGCUCAGUGAGGGUGACUAUACAAGCCCUAGUGUUUCCUAGUGUCCCAGGUGCAGAGGUGCCUGACAGGCUGACAGGCACAUGGCUCAUUACACCCUCAAUGCUCAACCAGGCUCUCCUCCUGGCCCCCAAGUUGUUUGGCUGCUUGCAGUUGGGUGACCUUGGAUCCAGCUGGUGCAUGAGAAGGACCAGUGUGAGAGCUGUGAAAAGCCUCAUGAGAGGCUACCUUGGCUCAAGAGGUAACAUUUAAGCUCAGGUGCUUGUCCUUGCCUAAUUUACUUCACCUGUGUUGAGCCUGGCACCUUGCUGAUUCUGCCCUCGUCUUGCUCAUUUGACCUCCUGCUUUGACCGGGGACAUGCAUCAUCACCAUGGACUUAUCCAGUCACCACAGGACUGCUGCAUGAACCUGGUUACCAUCAUCAGACCGGCUCUGCUCUUGUUCAGGUACUGUGGGACUGCACCCUCACCAGUGCCAUCACUGCCCUCCCUGUGCUGUCUCUCGCAGCUGCUGGCUUGCCCCCUCCCUUAUGGAGCAGCUCUCCCUUGCUGCUCCACAACAGUGGGCUUUAAGGCACAGGUGGGCAGAAAGUUUGGCUGUAGCUACCUUAAUAAUACCUUAAUAAUUGGACAAUGUCAAUAUAAUAGAUGUGGCCUGUGGGAUUACUUGCUGCUGAAAACCAGAAAAGAGCUACAACCAGUAAAAUGUCUUUUUGUAUCUCUGUACAGUUAAGGAGCUUACACUCCUUGCUUUAUUAUUGAACGACCUAUUCUUUAGUAGUGGUCAUAUAGA